AUGAUCAAUUCUGAAUGGGAAAAUCAGCAUUGUCAGACUUGCAAAUGUUUAAAUGAUAGUAUUGUAGCUUGUCAAAAUCGAACAUGUCAAAUGCAAGAAUGUCAAAAGAAUGAACGACUAACAAUUGAUGGUCUUGAAUGUUGUCCAACUUGUUCACCAUUGAAACAAACGUGUAUUCAUGAAGGCACAUUAAUUCAUCAUAAUACCGUGUUUUAUCCUUACACAUGCUAUAUGUGUUUGUGCCGCAAUGGUCAAUUGUUUUGUAAUGAUCAUUGUCACAAACAUCAAGGUACUGGUUGUUUAUUUCAAAAUGAAAUUAAACCAUUUAACAGUACAUGGUCACCAUUUUCAUGUGUUGUAUGUCAGUGUCUACACCUGAAUAAUGAUCAAUAUCAUUCUGUUUGCUAUGUCAAACAAUGUCCAUUAACUCCAUAUUGCAACGGUGUGAAUGUUGUCCAAUAUGUAAGACAUCAUUUUGCUCUGACGGACAUCAGGUUAAACCGUUGUGAAGCUCUUGCCCAGUAUGAAUAUUUAAUUCGUCGAAGACAUUCAUGCUGCUUUGAAUGUGUUCGUCAUUCAUGUUCGUUUUAUGGUGAAACCUAUUUUAAUGGCGAGAUUUGGUAUACAUCAGCUUGCCAAUACUGUUCAUGUUGGAUGGGAAAUAUUCACUGUAAAAGUGUUCAAUGUCAAUAUCAAUUUUGUUUAAAGAAUGAAAUUGAAGAACGUCGUCAUGAUAGUUGUUGUGUUAAUUGUCGCGCACCAAAAACAUGUCAUUAUCAUGGACAAUUAUUAAAAGAAGGAACGUAUACACAAAUAGAUGAGUGUACACUAUGCACAUGUUCAUCUCAGAGUCAAAUUGAAUGUUAUGAAAAAUGUAAUAAUAAUAGAACAGUUAUCACUAGACUUUUUGCUCAUCGUAACAAAAGCAUAAAAAUUGAUUUAAGUAUAUUUACAUUUCAAGACAAGACUAUACCUACAUAUAAUGCAAAACUCUAUUAUCUUGGAUAUUCAAAACUUGGUAUACUCAAAAGUUUAUCAACAAAUUCAACACAAAUGAAUUAUACAGAUUUUCAAGUUGGAAAUGUUCAAUAUCAAUCAACAAUUUUAACGAAUAGUACAGAUGUUAUAUUAUUGGGUAUUUUAACAAAUAAUGAAGAAUUCAUAAAUGAUACUUAUCUUCCAAUUCGUCAGUUCACAAGUGAACAAUUAAAUAAUGGCCAUAUUUGGUAUACGCCUACUAAAAAUGCAUUAGAAUGUAAAUGCAUAUUUAAUGUUGAACAAGAAGAAGAAUGCACAAAUUGUGAUAGAAUAAUAUUUGAUCAUGGUUUAUUUGACGUUUCGUCAAUUGAAGAUGGCAAUAACAAGAACUAUGGAAAAAAACUUGUUCAUUUUGUGUUGAUGACUCGACAAAUGACUCGAACGUCGAAUUUACGACAAUUGGUGACAAUUGAGUAUUUACAUGUUGAAUAUUCUUCCGAUGAUAAAGAAUCAAUGAUGCGAGUUCAUUUUGAACAUCGAAGCGGAUCUGGAAUAAAAAUUUACAAAUUUACAAAAGAUGAUAUCAUCAAAGGAAACAUAUUAAUACGAUCAAAAGCUGAUGGCUUUUAUAAUGAACCUGUGACUUAUAACUUCAAUCUUGCGGCUCAAAAUGAAAUGACACCAAUUAGACUUAACAUUUUGACAGUUGAUUCCCAACCACUACAAUUUCGAGAGAAUACAAUGUCCAUCAAUGUUGCGCAAUUAGGAAUGAUUCCUCUAUUACCAUCUCUGUUCGACAUCAACACUCCUGAUAUUCAAAUAUUCGAUCUCUACUUCAGUCUCAUCAAAUUUCCAACAGCAGGAUAUUUACAGAAUACUAUUGGGACAAUAUUCAGUUCAAAUGUUGGUAUCCGAUAUUUUGAAUUAAUGAAUCACACUUUGUACUAUUUUCAUACGAAUAUCAAUCAAACAAACGAUAUAAUAUCAUUUGAUGUUACUGACGGAAUUUCCUCUUCUAUAAAAACAUUAAUAAUUAAUGUAAUACCAUUAAUAUCUACAAAAAUUGGACCAACACGUUUACAUGAAUCCUUGUUGCAAUUAUCGAUUGAUGAAGCUGCAGAAAUCGUAAUUCAACGUCAACAUAUUGGUUACACUAGUCUUACAUCAGAUGAAAUUAAAUACAAACUUUUACUAGUACCGCGCUACGGUUAUCUAAUUAAAAAUACGAAACAAUUAGUGCCGUCUGACACAUUCACUCAAACUGAUAUUGAUAUGUAUAUGAUACGAUAUCAAGCACCAGCAGAAAUUGGUUUAUUACCGAUUAGUGAAAAUAUUAUCUUUAAUGUUACAGACAUACAACGUUUCAUGAUGCCAUUACAAAUGCUAUUAAUUAAUAUACGAUCAAUUGACAAUCAACCACCCAAACUUUCACUUAAAACAGACAUAAUUGAGGUUAUUGAAGGUGAAUAUAUUUAUCUUGAUGAAAAGAUUAUAUCGUUGUUUGAUAUUGAUUCAUCACUUGAACAAAUUCACAUCAUUGUUGAUACUUUACCAGUUUUUGGCUAUAUUGAAUUGACAAAUAAAAAGCAAAGUGUUACAUCAUUCACUAUUAUACAAAUAUUAAAUCGAUUCAUUCGUUAUGUACAAAAUGAUCAUUACAGCAAUGAGCCAAAACGUGACAAAUUCAAAAUUUAUGCAACAGAUGGUAUCAAUGAUUCACCCUUAUUAACCGUUAUUGUUAAUAUUAAAUUAGUAAAUGAUGAACAACCAAUAUUAAUAACUCAACCAGUUUAUGCAUCGCCUUUUACGCGUACAAUAUUAAACACAAAUUUUAUUCAUGUAUUUGAUGUGGAUACACCAGUGACAAAUUUAACGUUUAUUUUAAAAACAUUACCAAAAUAUGAUUCAAUUCUAAUGAGUGUAUUUGAUGGAAAUUUUACAUCUGAAACUACUACAUUAAGAAUAUUAAUCGAUGAUACAGUCAGAUAUGCGCGCUUAGAAAAUAGAGUCUUAUCAAUGGCAAAUGGAGAAAAAGCAAUCAUAAACAGAUGGAUUUUAAAUCUUAUCAAUGAUUCUAUACCAACAGAUUCAAUAAUAUAUCGUAUAAGGAAAGCAUCAAAUUUUGGAAGAUUGACCGUAAACAACAGUAUGACUGAUCAUUUUACACAGACGGAUAUUAACCAAGAUCAAGUUCUAUUUGAACAUAUGCUAUAUGAAACAACUGGUGUAAUAUGGUUUACGUUUGAUCUUUGGAUAAAUAAUCAAGUUCAAUUUGAAAAUCAAAAAUUUCUCGCUUUAAUUCAAGAUGUAUCUGUCAGUCAAUUUUCCUAUGAAGAUAUCUUGACUGAUCAAAUUGUGUAUGUAGUCGUUUCAUUUAAUUUUACAACACCAAAACUAGAAAGUCUAUUAAUUUGUGUUUACGAUGGUAAAUAUAAAAUUUAUGAAACAUUCAAUAUUCUAAUAUAUCCUCAAAAUAGUGCAUUAAUUAAUGUACAAAUUGUUUCUCCAAUCGAGAUUAAACUUCAUGAAAGAAUCAUCAUUAAUGAAAGUAUAUUACGAAUAGAUAGUAAUGAAUCGAUUGACUUUGAUAUUGAAAGAUUACCACUGUAUGGUCAAUUAGAAAAAUUAAAUGAAAAUAAUCGUUGGACUAAAGUAACAGUUACGAUAAUCAAUUCAAAUGAUAUCAAAACAAAUCAGAUCUCGUAUAAACAUAUCAAUAAUACCUAUUCAACUGAUAUACUAACGUUGAAUUUUAUGAAUAACAUGGAAAAAACAUAUUUUAUCAAUAAUUCUAAAUCUUCAACAGAAAUAGUAAGUAUUCAUUAA